AUGGAAGUGAGCCAAUAUGUGCCCACAUCGUGCGUGCCCGUACCGGCUAAUACAACGUUUCAUGUUUAUAGUCAUUAUGGUAACGAAAAUAUUGAAGAAUGCCAAAUGUGCCGCUUUCUAUUGAAUAAUAACGUUCGCUUACAUCCAACACUACAAUCAUUAGUGAGUAAUCGGACCGAUAAAAAACAAAUUCAAUCGAACACAGUCUCAUUUCCAACGAUACGCUUCCAACAGUCACCGCAACAACAACAAAGAUAUUUCCCACCCAUAGAAAAACAAAAGCUAAAAAUAUCAAACAAAUUACGUAAACAGAUGCAACCGGUCGAAAAUGAGCUGUACAUAAUAAAAGAACUGGUUACAAACGAAGAGGAAGAUGCGGCUAUAGCUGACAUUUGUUUAAAGGAUCCGUCAAUUGAUCUCAUUAUCCUAGUUAAUGGAAAUGAUCAGAGGGAAACAGAUGAGAACGAUGAAAUAUUGUAUGUCAGAUUAACUGAAGAAUAA